GCUUAUGAGUGAUUUUUGGGAGCAAAAUCCGAGUAUUGCAGAUCCCAUGAGUCAUUAGGCUUCAAAUUAAUGAGCGCGGAUAAUGGAGUGGAGAGGUAUCGGGUUGCAACUGGUUGCCUGUCACUCAAAAUUCAUCGCUUGGCAAGACGGUGAAUCCUGCUUUAUUUAUGAACAGCGAGCUUUGCUCCUUUUGUUCCUCGCUUCUACAGCAGCUAUUUAGAGAAGAAGCAGAGUGAGCAGCGGGAGUUUGAUAAUCCUGGACGAAGAUUCACUUCAACAUUUUUCUAUAUCUUACUUCACUACAGAAUCUUUCGGCCAAUAAUGAUGGUCGGAACAUGGUAUGAGGAAGUUUUCUGCAUUGAAACCUCAGGUAGAAGGAAGCAGUCCCGCGCCUUCCGCGUCUCCUCCGACUGAGGACAAAGGGGGUGCGGAGAAAGCGGAGGCGCAGUACCUGUCGGCCAACUGCGUCCUCUUCACUUAUUACAGCGGCGACAUUUCCUCGGUGGUGGACGAGCACUUCGCCCGAGCCCUCAGUCAAGUCGCCCCUUCGUACACCCCACAGCCCUCAGAAGCGAAAGCAUCCUCACACUCCUCGAAAGAUGGUCCUCCUAUGUCGCAUCGGAACUUUCCUCCCUCCUUUUGGAACAGUAACUAUCAGCCGAUGCCCAACUCCAAUCUGGGCCCCAUGGGUCCAGGGGCACUCGGAUCUCUUGGUCCGGAACUUACCUAUGGUGGAGAUCCUUAUCACCACCAUCCUGGAACGCUGCAUGCCACCUUGCACCACCAGAAUGACCCGUGGCACUACACACUGACAGGGCAGCCACCCUUCGGUUCCUCAUACCACCACGGAGCGGGCGGCGCUCGUUUCGGACCGCAGUACGGCUCUCUGCUACUCCAGCCUGCGGUGCGUUCCGCCGGGAGACUGGGUCCUGCCGCCGCAGCCUGCGCCAGCCUCGAGAAAGCAGACUCAUGGGGAAGCUCCAGAUACCACGACACCAUCGGACAUGUGGACUCGAACUACGGAGCAGCCUACGGUGCCAUGACGCCUAUGCCAGAUACCGGCAACGGCGGCUACUCGAGCAUGUAUGAGGUAUACAAGUUGCAGAGCAUCCAGCGGACCUUCCGGUGACAGCAGUGUUUGGAAGGUCAACCUCAAGACAGCAAGGACCUCUACUGGUUUUGAAGAACACAAAGUGAUAUCCCUGCACUCAUCCAGAAAUGCGAUGCCAGAAAGCGAAUUGCAGUUGCCAUGACAACCGAGUCAUUUCAACGAAAGAGAGUGAAAUUCCGUAGAUGCCCGAAAUAUUUGCCGAAAGCUCUUCGAAAUCAAUUUUUAGUAUAAAGACUGUAAAUAGUUUAUUCGAUCGAAAUGCAACUCGAGCAACGGAAAAAAAUCGAACAUUGACGAAAAAAAACAAAAAAACUUUGGAAAGAAAACGAUUCAUGAGUGACUCAAAUUCUCUUUCAAAAAUAUUAGAGAAGGACCAGGCUUUAGAAUCGCUAAAAAGCCUCUAAAUUCUAUGCCACUACUUGAAAAUCUAGUCAUCGCAAAAUCUUCAGGUUUUGAGAUAAAUGAAAGAAAAAUGGUAGUUUUGGGAGCUGUUAAAGAUCGCUGGAAAUGUAGAUAUGAUCUGAAAAAUUAGAUUAGAAAUGAUUAUAAAUUGCGUUUGAUUAUUCAAUUAAAAAAAGAGCAGCAUUUUUUUCAAAAUUGUAAGUGAAUUGGUUUUUUUUUUAAACUUUAUCGAAAUCAAAAGAGCCAUUUACUUUUAUUUGAUUCAUUUAUAUUAUUUAAGUAUAACAGGUAAACACUUCAUACAAAAUUCUUUAAAGUAUCUCAUUGUAAGCAAUCUUUGUUUAGAAAAUAAUGCAUUUCAAAUUUAAAUUUAGAAAGUAGAAACUUGUAUCCUGAGAACAUAAAUAAAAUUAUUGGAACAGAAUACCGUUAUUAGUAUUAAGCAGUAAAAUUUACG